GACGCACAGCGCCGCCUUCCGAUUGGUGGGCGGCCGCGUCGCUCUCCGGUCUCUGCCCCCCGCCCCCGCUCACCGCAGCCGGAAGAGUCUUGCCCAGGACAGGGGGGUAUUUAGGACGCAGUUGUUAAUGGAAGAAUUAAUGUAUAAGUACAAAAUAAGAAGGGCAAUCUAAUCCUUGAGGAAAUGGCAGGAUUCCUAGACAACUUCCGAUGGCCAGAGUGUGAGUGUAUUGACUGGAGUGAAAGAAGAAAUGCCAUUGCUUCAAUAGUUGCAGGAGUAUUGUUUUUCACAGGUUGGUGGAUAAUGAUAGAUGCUGCAGUAGUUUAUCCCAAGCCAGAACAAAUGAACCAUGCGUUCCAUACCUGUGGGGUGUUUUCAACACUAGCUUUUUUCAUGAUAAAUGCUGUAUCAAAUGCACAGGUGAGAGGAGACAGCUAUAGUGAUGGAUGUUUAGGAAGAACAGGUGCUCGCAUCUGGCUCUUCAUUGGGUUUAUGUUGAUGUUUGGUUCCCUUAUUGCUUCAAUGUGGAUUCUUUUUGGAGCAUACGUUACACAGAACACUAAUGUUUACCCCGGAUUAGCAGUGUUUUUCCAAAAUGCAUUGAUAUUUUUCAGUACUCUGAUCUACAAGUUUGGAAGAACAGAAGAGUUAUGGGGAUGAGAGAUCAUGUAUAGCAUUGUCUGUUCCAUAAUUGUUAUGUCAUACUAUGUAUAUAGAUAAAUUUACAUUUAUUUGUUCUUGGUUUGCUUUCUAAAUUGUAUGAACUGAGACAUAUUACAGUUUCUGUAAUAAGGCUCCCUCUUCUCACAGGACAGAUUUGUGAAUAUGUAUAUAUGACUGUACAUAUCUUAAAAAGGGAAUGUCAGACUCUCUUUCUGAAAUCUUCAGGCUUAUUCCUUCAAAUAUGUGGCUUUCCAUCAACUCCUAGGACUUGAUCUUCCAAACCUUCACGUGUCAGAAACUUCAGUGGAACCCCCAGUGAACAAGCAGGAUAAAGCCCAUACCCUGUGAAGGGGGUUAUUGCUUUUAGGCAUGGGUGAGUUAGAGCCAUUUUUGCAAGGGGCUGCCUGUGUAACCUGCAGGAGUGGUCAGUGCAUGGAAGUGACCCAGCUAAGCCCAUGUUUCAUGAGGGUCAAUUCUACUGUAUGCUGAGAUAAGAGCUGAUUUUAAGAAUUUUGUAUAACUGUUCAGAAAAAUACAAAGUAGCUAGUUUUUUGUAAAAGGUUUUGAAUUUUUAAACAAAGCCCUAUAUUAAGCAGGUUCUGCAUGGAAAAUUAAACUGUUCCUGACUUCGGAUUGCUUUAACACAGAUGGCAUUUGGUAAUACCGUGGUAUUUAGAAUUAGUUUCAUGCUGUUUAGUGUAAUUGAUACCAAUUAUUAUUUAAUGCAUUUACUGAUAUUAGAAUAAAAUAAAAAAACCCACCAACUUGAUGCCAGUCAUACAUGCCAGGAAUAUAAAGAAUAAAUGAAAGUCAGGCUAAUAUCUUCAAAAAUUACGAUACCAUAAUUUUCUUCAGGGGAAGUGCUUUUGCUGAUAAAUGAACAGUUAUCCUGCUACCUUUUAAAAGGCAAGCAUUUUAAGUGGGGAUACUAUAGAUGUAUUUAUUGCUCACAAUCCUACCUUGAAAUAAUUGGCAGGUUUAGGACUGCCAUUUGCCCCAGUUAAAAUGUAUUUGUCCUAAAUUUCAUGGGCACUUUGUGGGAAUGUUCCAUUAUUGAAAUACAGUUUGUUUUGGCUGGAGCGUACAAAAAGGGAGAACGAAGUUGUUUAUAGCUUUGGGCUGAUCUUGUCUCUUCAUCUUGCUGUUGGUGACUUUCUUAAUACAAGGUCUUAAGUGGUUUUUAAAGCAUCUGAAUCUACCUUAUGUCUUAAAGCUUUUAUAACUUCCCAUGUAUCAAGACUGCUGACCGAAGGGAAUUAAACUGCAGAAUGUAACUUUUGUGCAUGGUUACUGUAACGCUGUUAUUCAUCUAAUUGCUCCCUUGUGGGAAUCUCUCCAGUGGACAGAAUAUGAAGCAAAUACUGCAGCUGAAAUUGUGCUACUGGCUACACGAACUUCAUCCUGAUUUCAUCCUGCAGUGAGUUGCAGUAUAUUCACUGGUGUCAGUCAUAGCUUUGUACAUAAGCUGUCUGGAUGUAAUUUCAGAAAACUGCAAUAAACUUUAUCUUACGUUCUCAAAACAGUGAACUUCACAAGGUAAUUGUACAGUAAUACUCAGUAGCUCAAGCAGGACUGGCCUCUAACCAGGUCUUACACCAGCUAACAAGUAAAACCAAGUUUUUUGUUUUCAGAUCUGUCAGUUUCUUGCUUAGGACCUUGGUAAAGUUUGUUGACUUUUUUAGUGAGAAACAAGUAUAGCCUGUAACUAAUCCCCUUAUGGUAUCUUGCACCUGACAGUUGAACAGCAUAACUUAAGUGUUCCACUCUGGAGAAAUUCUUACAGCAUGCAUUAACAUGAGGUCCCAGUUAAAAAAGUUUUAUUUAGAGUAGGACAAGAGAUUCUGUCUGAGGUUACCUGCAUGCAAGUUACCUACAAAGAGGUUUGCUUUCUUGCAAGAAUUUCUUAAGCAUCUCUUCUGGUUUUAGAGAACUGGAACAAUCAUGCUCUCUAUACAGCUGCUGAGAAAAGAGACAGCUUUGAGCACAUCUUUUUUGGUAGCUGAUGCCAACAACAGGAGUAGUGUAAGGACCAUGCAGGCAUCAUUCAGAAUAUCUCAGGGACCAUUUUUACACCACAGGUUGUUCCAGCACAGGCCAAGGUAGGUUUGUUUUAGGUAAUGCCUUAGCCUGAUAUAGCUGGUUUGUGAAGAUAACCCUGGAGUUACUUCUAACAGGUUCUUAACUUUGGCCUAUUUAUGUCACAGUAAGAAAUAAUAGCAACUCUCUCUAACAGAAAUCUAGUGUAGGGAUUAUUCAGGAAGAUGCAUGUUGUAGUGCAGAAUUCACAGGAGACAUUUUAACUGCUUUCUUAUUUAUGUCACUCUGUUAUAUGUGUAGGUUGUUCCUUUGCAAGCCUGUGGUUCUUCAUUUGUUUGCAGCACAGUAUAUAAAAAGAACAUGGGUGAACUUAAGUGCGGGUAUUAUGCAGCUUGGGGCAGACUUGAAAAUUCUUACCAGACUUGGAAGUAUGACUAAGUCUUCAGGUAACUAUGUUGUCUUCACAUGUUGCUUAAACACAAGUGGUAAGUUCUAUGAGCAAACAACCUCAUAAAGCUUUUGGGAAAAAAAAAAAAAAGUUACUGAUUUUUCAUGCUAGUCUUGCAUAUUCGUCUUGGAGUAGAACAGCAUCACCUCAGGUAACCCACAGUUCUGAAAGUGACCAGGUUCAUUAACAGUUCUAAGUAAUUUGAACAAGUCAUUUGCAAAACAACAAGCAUAUAUUUUUAAUCAAAGUGUAUCAAACCGAAGAAAAAAAAGUCAAACAAUAAACCCAAACUUUUAGUACAGAAUUUGUAAACUUGCUGUUUGUGCUUUAUUAGACACCUUCCAGACCCCACAGGAUGUGAGGCUUUACUUGCAGUCUCCUCACUAAGGGACUCAAAACCAGAGCCCUCUAUCAACUUUUCAUUUGCAGGACUAAUCUGAUAAUGACUGACAGAUAUCAUAUACAUUUUGAGGAAAAUUAUUUUAAAGUUUGCUUUGCUGUGAAAAGCCUCACUGCCUCACUGCAGGUCCAGAAGAUUCAUGCUUCUCAUGAAUAGGCUGGGAGGCAGAUAUGAGGAGGCCUUUCCUGGUGCAGUUCCUUGCAUAGGUUUGUGUUGAGUGAUAUAAACUUUCUUUUUUUAGACUUCCAUUUUUAUCUGGAGGGAAGAUGCUGCCACAGAAGAUGGCAUGUACUUAAAUAAUAUUCAGAAAAGCCCACAGAGGAAGGGAUAUAAUACAGACUGAGUGCUAACACAGACAAAUAAGGCAACAAACUGGAAG